AUGCCUUGUAAUAAGUCUGCCAUCAACAACUGCUGCAAAGUCGGCCGUUUCCCAUCUUUAAGAGUGAAGUCGGACGACUGCAGCAAAGUGAAGUGCUCCGUACCUGUUCACAAGAAUCCUUGCAGCUGUGUGACAUGCUGUGGCCGUGAGGCUGUUGUCGUGCAGGAUGACUGUAAAUACAGUGGAGCGUGUGGAAAGCAGGUGUACGGCUGCGUUAAGCCGGUUUGUCAGCACAACCCUUGCAGCAACCUGACAUCACGCCAUGAUCAUGCGGACAAGAGCGUCGUCCAGGAUGACUGUGAAUCCUGGAGACGUUGCGGAAAUGAAGAGUUUGUCUCAUUCCCUGUCAAUAAGUGGAAACACAGACCUGGAGAGGCCUACAAGCCACCCGUUGUGAAAUGUGGUGGAGGAUCUUUGAUGAUCUGGGGGUGCUUCAGCAAGGCUGGAAUUGGGCACAUUCGUCUUUCUGAAGGGUACAUGAAUCAAGCCACGUACAAGGACAAUGCUCCAUGCCACACAGCCAGGUCAAUAAAAGUGUGGAUGGAGGACCACCAGAUCAAGACCUUGCCUCUGGAAUUAUUUAAGAGGAAGAUGGAUGGUCAGAAGCCAUCAAACAAAGCCAAGCUGGAGUGGCAUAAAGCCACCCAACAGCAAUGUGAAAGACUAGUGGAGAGCAUGCCAAGACACAGGAAAUCUGUGAUUGGAAAUCAGGCUCUGCCAAUGCAGGUCUGUUCUGUUGAUCUCAUCAAAUCCAGGAUGGGACAGAAUCGACGGGAGCAUCACACAGACCGUUAUCUUAGCGAUCACCUCGUCAUCCGCAGGGGACAAUGUUUUGAGAUUUGGAUUGAGCUGUCCCGACCCUUUGAUUCAACCUGUGACCACCUUCACCUGGAGAUGAGACUAUGUAAUAUCCCAUCGACAUGGAGUGAGAUGCUCACAAUUGUUCCAUUGGUGAAGGAAUUCAAGAAAGACUGCUGGGAAGCCAGGAUUGUUGAACAAAUGCAAAACCGAAUCAAACUCUGUGUUUAUUCUCAGUCAACAGCUUCUAUUGGACAAUACAAACUUACUAUCGUAACCAAUUGCCCAGGAGGAAAACUCACUUCAACUGAUUAUGAUAUUUACAUGCUGUUCAACCCCUGGUGUAAAUAUGACGGUGUGUACCUGAGUGAUGAGGCGGAGAGAGUUGAGUAUGUGCUGAAUGACAUGGGCAGAAUCUACUAUGGAACUAAACAUCAGAUUGGCUGCAGAACAUGGAACUUUGGUCAAUUUGAUGAAGGAGUCUUGGCUGCGUGUUUCUUUGUGUUGGAGAAGAGUGGUGGGCCUUGCUCAGGAUGGGGAGACCCUGUUAAUGUGGUCAGAGUGAUAUCUGCAUUUAUUAAUGCCAGUGACAACAGUGGUGUGAUGAUGGGUAGCUGGUCAAGUACCUACAAUGACGGAACUUCUCCUACUGCUUGGUGUGGCAGCAGUGCCAUCCUGACACAGUACCACAAAAGUGGAGGAGAACCUGUCAGAUAUGGACAGUGCUGGGUCUUUGCUGGAGUCACCAACACAAUUUUGAGAUGUUUGGGCAUUCCCAAUCGUCCAGUCUCAAACUUCAAUUCUGCUCAUGACACUGAUGUUUCAUUGACAGCUGAUGUUUAUUUUGAUGAGAAAUUUGAGCCGAUUGAGCAUCUAAACCGUUAUUCAGUCUGGAACUACCAUGUAUGGAAUGAGGUCUGGAUGACUCGGCCAGACCUGCCAUCUGGUUUCGAAGGUUGGCAGGUGGUUGAUUCCACUCCUAAACUGACAAGCCAGGACAAUCUUCGUUGCCCCAUUUCUGUUGCUGCAAUCCGAAGCGGGCAGGUUCAGCAUGACACGCCCUUACUUUUUGCUGGCGUGAACAGCGAUAAAGUCUACUGGCAGCGUGAAGCGAAUGAAGACUUUGCUGUAAUUCAGGUUGAGAAGAACGCAGUAGGUCACUGCAUCAGCACCAAAGCUAUCGGCUCAGAUCAACGUGUAGACAUCACGCACUUUUACAAACACCCAGAAGGUUCAGACACAGAUGUAGAAGGUGUAGAAACAGCCUGUCGCAAUGGCUCCAAACAGUCCUUAUACCCACUGUCCAACACUGAGGAUGUGAUCAUUGAAGUCAACAUGCAGGGUGACGGACCAUGUGUUGGUCAGGAUGCCGUGCUUUCCAUCAUUCUGAAGAACAAGUGCAUGUCUCCUCGUAGCCUCACUCUGUACAGCCAGGUGGCAGCCAUCUACUACACCGGAGCCCAAAAUGCCUUGGUGAAAAAGGACCAGACACUCAUUGAGCUCAAGUCGUAUGAGGUCCAGAUUCUGGAGUGGACCUUGUGUUAUGAAGACUACAAGGACCACCUGGUGGAUCAAGCAGCGCUGAUGCUCACUCUUUCUGGACGGGUCUCAGAGACUACGCAGAUACUGACCACCCAGUUCAACUUCAGACUGCGCACACCAGAUCUCAUUAUCAUUCCUCUUUGUGGCAGUGUAGUGGGCAAAGAGAUGACAUUCAAAAUCAAAUUCCAGAACCCAUUGCCCUGUGUGCUGAAGAAUGUAGUUCUCCGGUUUGAAGGAUUGGGAUUGCAUAAUGUCAGAACAAUUAACUAUGGUGAUAUUCCAAGUCUGGCUGCAGUGAACUUGAUGGAGACCUUUGUUCCUAAAUAUCAUGGGCAACAUAAACUUCUAGCAUCUCUCGAUUGUCCUCAGCUCACUCAGGUGCAUGGAUUCGCCAACAUUGUUAUUCAUGAAAAGAUUUAG